AUGAAGUGGAUGAUUCUGAGCUGUUUGGUCAUCGCCGCCCUGAUGAUGGAUGCUGGUGAUGCCCGGCCUGAUAAGUAUAAGGACUACCCGAAAAAGGGAGGUUACGUGCCGGUUUACGUUCGCUAUCCCAAUCAACCACUUGGCUCUAUCAGCCCGGAACUGGCUGCCGCCUUCCAGGAAAGCUCUGGGCGUAGUUCCAGGGGAAAGCUUAUACAGGAACUGAAUCGCCCGGUACGCUUCUCGUCCGAGUCAAGCAGCGAUGAGGAGCUGCGAAACGACAUAACCGCCAAGCCAAAGGUUCCAAAGGUUGACUCAAUCAGCAGCGAAAGCAACUCACACUCGAACGAAUCGAUCUCGAACGAAAAGGAAGCGAAGGAAGCGAUCAAGGAGUUGCUAAAGCAGAUGAACAAGAUCAGCAAGGCUGCUGCAGCGGCCAAAACGAAGAAGGCCUAGUAGUGUCUCACUACAAUCC